GGAAAAGAAAAUGGAAGCAAAAAGGCUAUCAUCUCCACGAAGCAAAAGAACAAUUAAAAUUUGAGUAUUUUCCUUUGUAAUAUAAAUAUAUAAUUUCCUUUUCCGAUGAUUAUCAUCAAUGGCGGAUCCAUACGGAACAGGCCAUCACUCUCUCGAACCGGAGGAUAUGUCUUCGUUUCUCCAAAAUCUUCUCCACGGCGCAUCCACUUCAGCUGAUGGAGACGACGGCGGGGUGCUGUUCCCUCGCCCGGCGAUGGAGGCUACGGAUUUCAUGGGUCGGAUGAGAGACGGAGCUUCUGCUCCUGCGAUCGAGCCAUCUCCGAGCCUGAAUUUCUCCGAUCCUUCUUUAUUUUACGGAGCGCAAGUGAAAGAAAGUGCAGUCAAUGCGUUCUCCUCGGCCGCAAUUGGGGAUUUUGAUGCAACUGGCUCUUCCAAGCGGAUUGAGUUCGAAAAUGAUAACAAGGGUUGUGAAACUUCAGAUGCACUGAGUAAUCUGGCUCAGCCGCGGCCCUCGAAGAGGAGCAGAUCAGCAGAGGUUCAUAAUUUGUCUGAAAAGAGGAGAAGGAGCCGGAUCAAUGAGAAACUUAAAGCGUUACAGACCUUGAUUCCAAAUUCUAACAAAACAGACAAGGCAUCAAUGCUGGAUGAAGCCAUUGAAUAUUUGAAACAGCUUCAACUGCAAGUGCAGAUGCUGACCAUGCGGAAUGGAUUGAACUUGUACCCGGGUUAUUUCCAGGGAUCCUUACAAUCAGUCCAACUGCCUUCAUCUGGGGGUGAAUUUGACAAAGGAAAUGCAAUGCUGAACACAAGAGGAUCAGCAGCUACUUUUUCUGGAAACCAAGAAAUCUUAGCUCAGACCAGCAGCUUUCAGAUUUCUAAUCAAAAUUCCACAGCCCAUCAAACUAUGGAAAAUAACACUGCUAAUUCAGAGAACCCAAUAGCUCUGGGAACAUCAAUUCAAAACCAUUAUGGACUUCUUAACCAGUUGGCAUCUACUAAGGAUCUGUGCAGGGACGAUGCACUAUCAAGAUUGCAUUUAGAGACGAGUUGCUCUGGGAACAAUUCAUCACCGGGCAUCUCUUCUUAGUCAGCAAAGAAAUACAGUGUCGGCAGUGUCCUUUUGGUCCAUCUUCCAUCCCCAUACGGCCUCCCAACUCCUCGACAGGGAUCCAGGAAAUGCCAAUCCGGGGUACAAAAAACUUCUCAUAAUCCCAUCACCGUCAAAAUGGUUAACACAAUAAGUUAUCUUAUGACAUAAUUUGCUAUUAAUUAUUUACUAAUUGUCAAAUACUCUUUCCGAUGUUAACCAUUCUUGCAUUCCUACAAGGGUUGGUUUUCUGAUUUUAUAAUUGUAUUAGCAGUUUGUUUAUUAUUUAUCUUAAGUUGUUGGGUGUUUUGAAAUUAGAGUGCGGGACAUGUUACCUUAAUUAGAAAUGUUGUCUCCA